CGGGGCGACUUUUUCCACGCCCGGCCGGACUUACUGCCUCAGUCCAGACUACUGAGCUGUAAAUUGAAAGGAAGAUAGUUUCUGCUUGUGGAGGAAAAGAAAGGUGAAUGACCUCAAUGGAAGACUCCCAGGAUCUAAGUGAACAGUCAGUGAAGAAGCCGUGUCCAGAGUCCGAUGGUUCAGAGCCGCAGAAUCCCAGGUCUAUGGAAAUGCAGGAUCUAGCCAGUCCUCAUAAUCUUGUUGGAAGUAGUGAUGCACCAGGUAGUUCCAAAUUGGAUAAAUCUAAUCUCAGUAGCACAUCAGUCACAACAAAUGGAACAGGAGUGUCUCUUCUUGCAGUCAAAACAGAACCCAUGAACAACAGUGAAACAGCAACAACAACUGGAGAUGCAUCGCUUGACACUUUUACUGGGUCAGUAAUAACAAGUAGUGGCUACAGUCCCAGAUCAGCGCACCAGUACUCUCCACAGAUAUAUCCCUCCAAGCCCUAUCCGCACAUUCUUUCUACACCAGCAGCUCAAACAAUGUCUGCCUAUGCCGGCCAAGCGCAGUAUUCGGGAAUGCAGCAGCCCGCGGUGUACACGGCCUACUCACAGACAGGACAGCCCUACAGCCUGCCCACCUACGAUUUGGGUGUAAUGUUGCCAGGCAUCAAGACGGAAAGUGGGCUCUCGCAGACCCAGUCUCCUCUGCAGAGCGGGUGCCUCAGUUACAGCCCAGGGUUUUCCACCCCACAGCCAGGCCAAACACCCUACUCCUACCAGAUGCCAGGUUCUAGUUUCACACCAUCGUCCACUAUUUAUUCAAACAAUUCUGUUUCAAAUUCUACAAACUUCAGUAGUUCACAACAGGAUUAUUCUUCAUACACAGCUUUUGGCCAAAAUCAGUAUGCACAGUAUUACUCAGCAUCAACGUAUGGUGCAUAUAUGACCUCAAACAACACAGCUGAUGGCACUUCAUCAUCAUCAACCUACCAAUUACAGGACUCUCUCCCUGGCUUGACUAGUCAACCAGGUACAGAUCUACAUUCAGGAGAGUUUGACACAGUGCAGAGCCCCUCCACGCCAAUCAAAGAUCUUGAUGAGAGAACAUGUAGGAGUUCUGGGUCAAAGUCUCGGGGUAGAGGGCGGAAGAAUAAUCCAUCACCCCCUCCGGACAGUGACUUGGAGCGUGUAUUUGUUUGGGAUUUGGAUGAAACAAUCAUAGUUUUUCAUUCGCUGCUUACAGGAUCCUAUGCACAGAAGUAUGGCAAGGAUCCACCCAUGGCAGUGACCCUUGGACUACGAAUGGAAGAAAUGAUUUUUAAUCUUGCUGACACACAUUUAUUUUUUAAUGAUUUAGAGGAAUGCGAUCAAGUUCAUAUAGAUGAUGUUUCUUCAGAUGAUAAUGGACAAGACCUAAGUACCUACAGUUUUGCAACUGAUGGCUUCCAUGCAGCUGCAAGUAGUGCAAACCUUUGUCUGCCAACAGGUGUAAGAGGAGGGGUUGACUGGAUGAGGAAGCUGGCUUUCCGUUACAGAAGAGUAAAAGAGUUGUAUAAUACUUACAAGAACAACAUAGGAGGACUCCUGGGUCCCGCUAAAAGAGAUGCAUGGUUGCAAUUAAGAGCAGAGAUUGAAGCUCUGACAGACUCCUGGCUUACAAAUGCACUUAAAUCAUUAUCAAUUAUCAGCACAAGGAGUAAUUGUGUAAAUGUGUUGGUAACAACAACCCAGCUUAUCCCAGCACUUGCAAAAGUUCUACUAUACAGCUUAGGUGGAGCUUUUCCUAUUGAAAAUAUAUACAGUGCAACCAAAAUAGGCAAAGAGAGCUGUUUUGAGCGUAUAGUGUCCAGAUUUGGCACUAACAUAACUUAUGUUGUGAUUGGAGAUGGCCGAGAUGAGGAACAUGCAGCUAAUCAGCACAACAUGCCUUUCUGGAGGAUAUCCAGUCAUUCGGACCUCUUGGCUCUCCAUCAAGCACUGGAACUAGAGUAUUUGUAACUGUGUUCUAAAGCUGGUGAUCCUUAUAUAUAUACAUAUAUAUAUAUAUACAUACAUAUAUAUAUAUAUAUAUAUGUAUUCAUAUUUCAAGUACACUGAAUUUUUAUGUGUGAUUCAAUGCCUCUGGCUUUACACAUAUGAAUUGUCUUAAGAAGGGAAGAAAUAUUUGGAAUUAAAAAUUCCAAACUGAAGAAUUCAGAUUGCUGAAUGGAGUUAAAGCAUUAGUGCUACAUAAGAAAGCUCUAUGGUCUUAUAUAUGCAACGUUUUUAAAUGAAUUGAAACUGUGGAGGUUGCUGGUACACACCAAGUGAGCCCUGACAGGAGUGAACAAAGGACUCGAACUGGCAAAGCACCAAAACACAUUUUCCAGCCAACAAGGUGGUGUUCAACAACAUUCCUCAAAAUGGGAUAUAUUCUCAGCACUGAGGUUUGAACCAGACUUUAGCCUACCUAACCCAAAAAAUCUGAAUUGGAAUGCACUCAGACUGUAUAAUGACAAUCCUGUCUAGACGUGUAAUUUGUGUAAAUUAUUGAUGAAAAUAAUUUACUGUGACUUUAUUAGCAGCUGAUUUUGG